GUUAAAUUGCAUAGCAUCAUCAUCACCACCGAAUAGAAGCAAUCUCUGAAGGCAAAGUGUUUGCGUUAGACUGUUUGACAAUCAAAUCAAGAUCCAUAUUUCUUCUUCUGUCUUUUUCUGAUUUCACGAAACCCUAAACCCAUUUUCAUUCCGAUCGGAGAUCCAACAAAAUGGAUGAAGAGUACGACGUGAUCGUUUUGGGAACUGGUCUCAAGGAAUGCAUUCUCAGUGGUCUUCUCUCCGUCGAUGGCCUCAAGGUUCUUCACAUGGAUAGAAAUGACUAUUACGGAGGAGAAUCCACCUCGCUCAAUCUUAUCCAGCUUUGGAAGAAAUUCAGAGGAGAUGAUAAGCCUCCUCCACAUUUGGGUUCUAGCAAAGACUACAAUAUUGAUAUGAAUCCUAAGUUCAUUAUGGCUAAUGGCAUGUUAGUGAGGGUUCUCAUUCAUACUGAUGUGACAAAGUAUCUCUAUUUUAAAGCUGUGGAUGGAAGUUUUGUCUUUAACAAAGCAAAGGUUCACAAGGUACCUUCAAAUGACAUGGAGGCCUUGAAGUCCCCACUUAUGCGGAUAUUUGAAAAACGGCGUGCGCGCAAGUUUUUCAUUUAUGUUCAAGAUUAUAAUGAGAGUGAUCCUAAAACUCAUGAUGGGCUGGACUUGACAAGAGUGACUACUAAGGAACUGAUAGCAAAAUUUGGCCUUGAUGAUAACACUGUGGAUUUCAUUGAAUCAUUAUGUUCAAUUAUUCAUGUUAAGCUAAUGAAUCAAGUUACCAAAAUAUGCCUGCUAUACAGAUUCCCUGCGCAAGCAAAGCUGUUGUAG